AAAGUCUUUAAACCUAUUAAUCGCGAAUAGCACAGAUUAAAAUGAAGCAGACAUUUUUCCCGUACCGAUCUUUCUUACCUAUGAUCGUAUACAAGUGGUAGAUUUUUCUACUACAAUUACAACGUCACCUGUAUACUUUCUCUUAAUAAUUCCAGAAACAACGUUUACCUGGCAUGCUAUAUUUCGGCCCUUUUCUUUUCAGGUAUGGCUUCUGAUGUUCACAUCUCUAUUAAUUUCUGCAUUUGCCUUGUUUGUUAUGAUAAAAGUACGCUACAAAAAAACUGGGAAGCACUGCCAAUUUUCGUUUCGGAAUAUAAUUUGGUGUCUGUUUUCAACAUUGAGUAAUCAAGAAAGUGCCACCUUGAAUAAAGUUCGACAUUUUCCUCACAGAUUAACAGUGGGAAGCUGGUUAUUAGCCGCUUUCGUUUUAUUGUCCAGUUUCAGCAGUUGUUUGGUAUCUUUUCUGACUGCGUCCGAAAAACCAUGGAUUCCGAAGACAUUUCACGAACUGGCGUCUGCUGUCAGAAGUGGAGAAUACGAAUGUGGAGUAUUGUCAAAUGUUGCUGCCAGAACGUUUAUAAUGACGGCAAAGACCGAAGACUUAUUGAUAUUAAAAGAACAUAUGACAUUAAAUAAUAAUUACUUCGAGUUAACCGAAGAACCAGAUGUUAUUGAACGUGUACGUAAUCGUAAAUUUGCCAUUAUAUCUUCUGACUUUUAUUUAAUACCAUUAAAAAAUAAGUUAAGAAGAAAUGUCUUUAUCUCUGAUGACGCACUUCUAAGUUUUAAUUGUGCAUAUUCAAUGAGAAAAGGGUUUUAUUAUAGAAGAGAAGUAAACGAAAUAUUAUCGAAUUGGAUUGCAGCUGGAAUUACCCAGAAAAGAUACGGAAAUGAAUAUAAUAUUGGAAAAGAAAUUACAUCUCGGGAAAUCAAGCCGUUAAAAUUAAAUGAAGUCGGUGGUGCUUUCAUUUUACUAAUCAUUGGAUAUAUAUUGUCUUUUACUUCCUUCCUUUCGGAGCUUCUCAUUGCGAAGAUUAUAAAAAGAAUUCGUCAUGCACCCAUGCCCUAAAGUAGAUGAAUUUACGAAAUGAAACGUUUUCAUCACUCUAUAAAUACACAUAUUGUAAUUUUAAUUAAGUUACUAAUUAUUUUUGCAUCUCUACUAUACAAUUAUCACGAAAUAAUACAAUUUCCUUAAAAAUUAAGAUAAAAAUUCUAUGUAAAAAUAAA